AUGGCCGUUACUACAAAAAGUGGAAAAUGUUGGAAUGCACCCACCUCAAGCCAAAGGCAACUUGCGGAUGAAGAGAAAGUAGUGCAAGAAGAGGAGAUCCCGAACAAUGUUGAGAAAUCUAAUGAUGAGGUUCGGAUUAAUAUUGAUGAUAGUGUGGAAGAGACUCAAGAGGAGGUAAACCCAUCUAAGGAUCACAUUAUUGACAUGCCGGAACCGUUAGUGCAAAGGGCUAAGGCACAAUUGCCUAAGCCUCGACCUCCAUACCCUCAAAGACUUGAAAUGCAAAAUGGUGAAAACCAAUUCAAGAAGUUCAUCCAAAUGAUGAAGAGUCUCUCAAUCAAUGUGACAUUAGUUGAAGCCUUGGAGAAAAUGCCCGGUUAUGCAAAGUUCAUGAAGGAUAUUGUGAUAAAGAAGCGGUCGAUGAAUUUUGAAACUAUCAAAGUCACUCAUCAAGUGAGUGAAAUUGUGCAUUCAAUAGAUCCCAAGUUGAAGGAUCCCGGUGCUUUCACGAUUCCUUGUACAAUUGGAAGUGCCAAGUUUACAAAAUCUCUUUGUGAUCUUGGGGAAAGUAUAAAUUUGACGCCCUAUUCAGUUUUCAAGACAUUGGGAAUUGAGCAACCAAGGCCCACCUCUAUGAGAUUGAUAAUGGCUGAUCACACUAUGAAGAGACCCUUGGGAGUGAUUGAGGAUGUUUUGGUUCAUGUUGAUAAAUUCAUUCUCCCGAUGGAUUUUUUCAUUCUAGAUUUUGAGGUUGAUUAUAAGGUACCGAUUAUUCUUGCAAGUGUUGUGAUAAAUGUUGGUCAUAUGUUGGAGGCUGUCUUGCUCAACUUGACGAUGACGAGAUCGUGGAAUGUGUGA